ACCUCGCAUCUCAGUCCCAUAGUUCCUGUCUAGGGUUUUCGAUUUGGAAUACCCUUUACCGGUUUUCCUAUUUAACGGAGAGGCUUGUCGCCGCGGAAUUCGUGCAACAGCCAGCCUUUGCUAGAUGGGAACGGAGAGAAAGAGGAAGGUUAGUCUGUUCGAUGUAGUGGACGACUCGGCCGUCUCGGGGAAGAUGGCUCGGGCCAACGGGGGCGCCUCAACCCCCACCGCCGCGGUGGCAUCCACGAUUAACAAGUGGAAUGGAAGGCCUUACUCCCAGAGGUAUUACGAAAUCUUGGAGAAGAGAAAGUCUCUCCCCGUGUGGCAACAGAAAGAGGAAUUUUUGCAGGUGCUCCGAGCCAAUCAGACCCUAAUUCUUGUUGGUGAAACUGGUAGUGGAAAAACAACGCAGAUUCCCCAGUUUGUGCUAGAUGCUGUAGAGAUAGAGAGUUCAGAUAAACGCAAAAAGUUUAUGGUUGGAUGCACUCAACCCCGAAGAGUGGCUGCAAUGUCUGUUUCAAGGAGAGUGGCCGAAGAGAUGGAUGUGACAAUUGGAGAAGAAGUUGGUUACAGCAUUCGAUUUGAGGAUUGCAGCAGUACAAAAACAGUUUUAAAGUAUUUGACAGAUGGUAUGCUUUUGAGGGAAGCCAUGACAGAUCCGCUUUUGGACAGAUACAAAGUGAUAAUUCUCGAUGAGGCUCAUGAAAGAACUUUGGCUACAGAUGUACUCUUUGGACUUUUGAAGGAAGUGCUGAGGAAUAGACAUGACUUGAAACUAGUUGUCAUGAGUGCCACUCUGGAGGCUGAAAAAUUUCAAAGCUAUUUCAAUGGUGCACCGCUAAUGAAAGUUCCUGGGCGGCUUCAUCCUGUCGAGAUUUUCUAUACACAGGAGCCUGAAAGGGACUAUCUUGAAGCUGCUAUAAAGACGGUGUAUCAGAUACAUGCUUGUGAACCUCAUGGUGAUAUCCUAGUUUUCCUUACAGGUGAGGAGGAAAUUGAAGAUGCCUGUAAGAAGUUAGCAAAGGAAAUAGCUAAUGCUGGGGAUCAAGUUGGACCAGCAAAAAUAGUACCCUUAUACUCAACACUUCCUCCAGCGAUGCAGCAGAAGAUUUUUGAACCUGCUCCACCCCCUGCAGUGGAAGGUGGUCCUCCAGGAAGGAAGAUUGUUGUUUCAACAAAUAUUGCUGAAACAUCAUUGACUAUUGAUGGCAUUGUUUAUGUUAUAGAUCCUGGAUUUGCAAAACAAAAGGUUUAUAAUCCUCGAAUUCGGGUUGAAUCUUUGUUGGUUUCUCCCAUAUCGAAGGCUAGUGCCCACCAACGAGCAGGACGUGCUGGAAGAACACAACCUGGAAAAUGUUUUAGACUAUACACAGAGAAGAGUUUUCACAAUGACCUAUCACCACAAACCUAUCCGGAGAUAUUGCGGUCAAAUCUUGCAAACACUGUUCUGACUCUGAAAAAGCUGGGUAUAGAUGAUCUGGUGCACUUCGAUUUUAUGGAUCCGCCUGCUCCAGAGACACUGAUGAGAGCACUGGAGGUUUUAAAUUACUUGGGAGCAUUGGAUGAUGAAGGGAACUUAACCAAGUUGGGUGAAAUCAUGAGUGAGUUUCCAUUGGAUCCUCAGAUGGGGAAAAUGCUGGUUGUUAGCCCAGAGUUUAAUUGCUCAAAUGAGAUUCUUUCUAUAUCAGCAAUGCUUUCAGUACCCAAUUGCUUUGUCCGGCCUAGGGAGGCUCAAAAAGCUGCAGAUGAAGCCAAAGCUCGGUUUGGGCACAUUGAUGGAGAUCACCUCACACUGUUAAAUGUCUACCAUGCGUACAAACAAAAUAAUGAAGACCCGCAGUGGUGCUAUGAGAAUUUUGUCAAUCAUAGGGCGCUGAAAUCAGCUGAUAAUGUUAGACAGCAGCUAACCCGCAUUAUGGCCCGAUUCAACUUGAAGCUGUGCAGCACAGACUUCAAUAGCCGUGAUUACUAUGUGAACAUCCGGAAGGCUAUGCUGGCUGGAUACUUUAUGCAGGUUGCCCAUUUGGAGCGAACUGGACACUAUUUAACCGUCAAAGAUAACCAAGCGGUUCACUUACACCCUUCAAACUGCCUGGACCAUAAACCGGAGUGGGUUAUCUAUAAUGAAUAUGUCCUGACAAGCAGAAAUUUUAUUCGCACAGUAACAGAUGUUCGCGGGGAAUGGUUGGUGGACAUUGCACCUCAUUACUACGAUCUGUCGAACUUCCCCAACUGUGAGGCAAAACGGCAGCUGGAGAGACUGUACAAGAAGCGGGAGGAGAGCAAGAAUAGGAAGUGAAAAGGGAUGGUAAUGGUGGAUGAUGAUGGUGGUGACCCUGCUGGCAUAUGUUUUUUAUUAAUUUCUUUUUAAAAUAUGAGAUGAGAUUGGUCAAGUGUAUUGACGAUGUAGUAGUGUUUCUUCUCUAUAAUAUGCUAAAUCUUGUGCGAGCAUGCAUAUAAUAUAUUAUA